AGUCUCAGUCUCAGAACUGUCACCGCAGUUGACCAGCGUGGAGCAAACAACGCGUACACACACACACACGCAAAAAACAAAGUAGAACAUGUGGUGGACCCGACAGAUGGCGGUAGCGUCGCGCUGCCAAUUGCAGCGAGCUUUAAGCACAGCGACGUCACCACAUCAUCUGGGCAUCAUCGGUGUACCCUUUGCCAAAGGACAGUCGAAGCAAGGCGUGGAGCUAGCGCCCGAUUUGCUGCGUCAGAACAAGUUGCGUCAGGUGUUGCAGAGCAGUGACGAGCGUCUGAUCAUCACGGACUACGGCAACCUGCAAUACGCAGUGGACGAGACGCUGCUGCAACAGCAGCGCCAGCAUUACCACCACAUACGCAAUUAUGCGGACUUUAUGGCCUGCAAUCUGGCGCUGAUCAAGCAGGUGCAACAGAUGCUGCAGCAGAAUGCCCAAUUUCUCACAAUUGGCGGUGAUCACGCCAUUGGCUUUGGCUCCGUUGCGGGGCACUUGCAGCACACGCCCAAUCUCUCGCUGGUGUGGAUCGAUGCGCACGCGGACAUCAAUUUGCACAGCACGUCGCAGUCGGGCAACAUACACGGGAUGCCCGUCUCGUUUCUGUUGCAGCAGCUGCGCGGCACCUGGCAGCAUGCCGCCAUCGACGAUAUCGCGCCGAACUGUCUGCCGAAGGAUCAGUUGGUGUACAUUGGACUGAGGGACAUUGACCCCUACGAGGCGUUCAUAUUGAAUAAAUUUGGAAUACGUUACUAUGCCAUGGAUUCAAUCGAUCGCGUUGGCGUACCCAAAAUCAUCGAGAUGACACUGGACGCUCUGAAUCCGGCGAAUAAAAUACACGUGAGCUUCGAUAUCGAUGCACUCGACAGCAAUGUGGCGCCCAGCACUGGCACCGCCGUCCGAGGUGGCCUCACGUUGCGCGAGGGCAUCAGCAUCGUGGAGGCGUUGCGUGACACGAAACGGGUCCAGGGCAUGGAUCUGGUCGAGAUCAAUCCGAAACUGGGCAGCGAGCGAGAUGUUCGUACCACAGUCGACUCUGGCCUGGAGAUACUCAAGAGCAUGUUCGGCUAUCGUCGCUCUGGCGCUCGCUAUUACAGCAACCUGGACACGAAUAUUUUGGGACACGAGCAGUAAAUGUAAAUGUUCACAAUCUUUUCUUUUUCUUUUUUGUAUACCCGUUGCAGAGUGUAUCAUCAUGGACCAGUGAUAGUCCAUAGAGUUAUAGCUUCCAAAUUUGCUGACGAUAUUUGAAUAGGUUAAAAUUCACAUUUCAAUUCAUUUUCUUACGAUCGCAUACUAAAUAAUAUUAUAUACUGUAUUUCGUCUGACUCGAUCUCAGAGACUUCAGGGCUUCAGCUAUCAAAUUUGCUGACAAUAUUCCUGUAGCUUUAAUGUUUAUCAAGUUCAUUUUAAUAUACAUAAGUCACAGCCCUAAGAAAAGAGAAUUAACAGCUCUUAAAAGGUUUCCCUACGAUCGAAUAAUAAAUAUUAUUUACG